CUUCCUCGGAAUGGAAAGGACGGAUUCGUGAUUGAGCUCUAAACUUUGAUUUAUGUUUCGCACUUCCAUUCGGUUUUGUUAUAUGAUUGUUUGCGUAAUAAUUAAAUGGCGUUCAGUGUUCUGUGUUCUCGAUUUCUUCUACUUGAGGAAGUACGUCCACCUUCCUCUUUUGCAUGAAGGUACGUGGUACGUGCCGAGCAAGGAAGAAUCAACCAACCAACCAUGGCGGAUAAAGGCGAGCAACAGUCCUCUCUCCGUAUCGGGCACAUCGUCCCUCUUCUUAGUUCCUUCGCCUUUUUUUCAUUUACACCAGAACGGUCCCUUUCUUCUCCUGCCACCGCUGAUCCCUUCCAGUAAACACCAGCAGCAGCGGAGCACAGACAUGGCAAUGCCCUGCUCCCCUUUGACCACUCUCUCUCCUCCUUCCUCCGCAGUGAAUCGAUGAAUCAAUGCCCUCGCGCCCAAGGGCUGUUUGCAUUUUUGUCCCUUCGCCACACCGCGCUUCCCGAUGGCGAUAUACAGCUGAUCCAUGUCGGUGUAGCGCUCGCGAGGAGCAGUAAAGGUGCCUGCUUUGUCAUGGUGGUGGGUUGCAGAGCGUAGGCGCUGUAGCUUUGCAGCGCUGCGGCCGCUUCUGCUUCUGUUCUGUGGUUUUAUUGUUCGAUGCGCCGCCCAGAAACCAGAGAGAGCUAGAGAGGAGAGAGAGAGAGAGAGAGAGAGAGAGAGAGAGGGCGGUGUGGUGGUCCAUGGGCAGGGAGGGAGAAGAGAUGGACCAUGGCGAGGACGGGCCUAGAAGCAACAGUCAUGUCGUUGUCGCCACCACCAUUUGGGUUGAAUGCGUGGAGCUCUCGAUUCCGUCCUCGGAUAGCUUCCGAGUUUCCGUAGCCAUGGAAAAGAACAAGGGGCGAAGGAUAGUGCUGUUGAUGUUGAUGCUGCUGCUUAUCCUCUUCCUCCCGUGCGCUUCUCCUCUCUCAGACGAAGGAAAGGCUCUGCUUUCGCUCAAGGCCUCUUUCAGCAACGUUGCCAACUUGCUCCUCGACUGGAACGCUGCCAACGCCACCGGCGAUGGCGACGACGACCAUUGCGCCUGGAGAGGCGUGCUCUGCGACAACCUCACCUCCUCCGUCGUCGCCUUAAACCUUUCGAAUCUGAAUCUUGGCGGAGAGAUCUCGCCUGAGGUUGGGGAGCUCAAGAACUUGCAAUCCAUUGAUUUGAAGGGGAACAAGCUAACUGGACAAAUCCCAGAUGAGAUUGGAGACUGUGUUGCUCUAAAAUAUUUGGAUUUGUCUGGAAAUGCGUUGUAUGGCGACAUUCCAUUUUCACUCUCCAAGCUCAAGCAACUGGAGGACCUGAACCUGAAGAACAACAAACUGGCAGGGCCCAUUCCCACAACACUAUCCCAAAUUCCAAACCUGAAAACCUUAGAUUUGGCUCAGAAUCAACUCACUGGAGAAAUUCCUCGACUCAUUUAUUGGAACGAAGUGCUGCAGUAUCUAGGCUUGCGUGGUAACUUUCUCAAUGGAGAUUUAUCUCCUGAUAUGUGCCAAUUGACUGGCCUUUGGUACUUUGAUGUGAGAGGAAAUAAUCUCACAGGCACUAUUCCUGAUAGCAUAGGCAACUGCACCAGCUUUGAGAUAUUGGACAUUUCAUACAACCAAAUAAGGGGAGAGAUUCCUUACAACAUUGGCUUUCUACAAGUUGCUACAUUGUCACUUCAGGGAAACAGACUCACUGGAAAGAUACCAGAUGUGAUUGGUCUUAUGCAGGCUCUUGCUGUGCUGGACUUAAGUGAAAAUGAACUUGUUGGGACCAUUCCUCCUAUUCUUGGCAACUUGUCCUACACUGGAAAAUUGUACCUGCACGGUAACAAACUGACAGGGCCAAUACCUCCUGAGUUGGGGAACAUGACAAGGCUUAGUUAUCUGCAGCUUAAUGAUAACCAACUAGUGGGCAAUAUUCCAGAGGAGCUUGGAAAACUCGAAGAACUGUUUGAAUUGAAUCUCGCCAAUAACUAUCUUACAGGACCUAUUCCACUAAACAUCAGCUCUUGCACUGCUCUGAACAAAUUCAAUGUUCAUGGUAACCAUUUAAAUGGUUCUAUACCUUUGGAGCUUCAAAAGUUAGAGAGUCUGACUUAUCUGAACUUGUCUUCAAACAACUUUAAUGGAGAAAUUCCCGCCGAGUUGGGUAGAAUUGUCAAUCUUGACACUCUAGACCUCUCAGCAAAUGAUUUCUCUGGUCGAAUACCUGAUUCUGUUGGUGAUCUUGAGCAUCUUCUCGUACUGGACUUGAGCAAUAACAGUUUCAGUGGAGUUCUCCCUGCUGAAUUCGGAAACCUACGAAGUGUUCAAGUCAUUAACAUCUCGUACAACAAGCUCAUUGGAAGAAUUCCUCAAGAAUUGGGUCAGCUGCAGUAUCUAGAUACUUUGAUUCUUAACAGCAACAAUCUCUACGGAGAGAUUCCAGUUCAGUUGGCGAACUGCUUCAGUUUAACAAACUUGAACCUUUCCUUUAACAAUUUUUCUGGGAAUAUUCCUCUGUACAAGAACUUUUCAAGAUUUCCUCCCGAAAGUUUCUUUGGCAAUGCAAUGUUGUGUGGAAACUGGUUAGGAUCCAUUUGCCAACCGGUUCUUCACCCAAAAGUUACCAUUUCUCGAGCUGUUGUUGUUUGCAUUAGUUUGGGUUGCAUUUUGCUGCUAACAAUGGCAAUAUUAGCGAUAUACCGGUCAAAUCAACCAAACCAAAUCAUCAAGGGACCGAAGUGCAAUAUCCAAUGUCCGCCAAAGUUGAUAUAUCUGCAAAUGGACAUGGCGAUUCAUACAUACGACGAUAUAAUGAGACUCACUGAUAACUUGAGUGAUAAAUACAUAAUUGGCUAUGGUUCUUCUAGCACAGUGUACAAGUGUGUUCUCAAGAGCUCCAAGACUAUCGCAAUAAAGAGACUCUAUAGUCAACAUCCACACAGCUACCGUGAGUUCGAGACUGAACUAGAGACCGUCGGUAGCAUUAGGCAUCGAAACUUGGUCAGCUUACAUGGCUAUUCGCUUUCCCCAAAUGGAAAUCUACUCUUCUAUGAGUUCAUGGAAAAUGGCUCCUUGUGGGAUCUUCUUCAUGGCCCAUCGAAGAAAGUGAGGCUUGAUUGGGACACACGACUGAAAAUCGCAGUUGGUGCAGCACAGGGACUGUCUUAUCUUCAUCACGACUGCAACCCCCGAAUCAUCCACAGAGAUGUCAAGUCAUCCAACAUUCUGCUCGAUGAGAACUUCGAAGCUCAUCUCUCUGAUUUCGGCCUAGCCAAGUCUAUCUCAUCAGCAAAGACUCAUGCAUCAACCUAUGUGCUUGGCACAAUUGGCUACAUAGACCCGGAGUAUGCUCGCACAUCCAGACUAACCGAAAAAUCAGAUGUUUACAGCUUUGGAAUUGUGCUUCUGGAGCUACUUACGGGGAAGAAGCCCGUCGACAAUGACUCCAACUUACAUCAACUGAUCCUCUCAAAGGCGGACGACAAUACAGUAAUGGAGGCAGUGGACAACGAAGUAUCAGUAACAUGCACAAACAUGAACCAAGUCAAGAAGGCAUUACAACUCGCAUUGCUGUGCACGAAAAGGCAUCCGUCCGACCGGCCUACAAUGCACGAAAUUGCACGCGUGCUGAUGACCUUGCUGCCUGCCCAGAGCAUGAAGCCUGGCAUGGCAAAUGCAAAGUCCUACACCCACUUCCUCCCCAGUGGUCACCCAGAAGUCGUCAAGUCUAGUGCCGAACAUGACAGCAGUAGCUUGUCUGAUGCCCAGUGGUUUGUCAAAUUUGGCGAAGUGAUUUCUAAGUCCACUCUUUGAUGUUCUAAAGAUCAUUAGCAAGUCUGACUUCUUGGAACAGAUACUAACUAGAAACUUUAGGGUUUAUGAAUUGUUAAGAUGGAAUGGCAUUAAUUAGUAUAAUACAGAGGAUCUAUCUUUAAUGUUUUCUGAGUUUUGUUUGUAUUUUUGUUUGUGAUUCCAUAGUAAUGUUUUGGAACAAGAACCCCGUGAAUGAAGUUGAAUGCUGCAUUCAGAGCUAAA